UUGUGUUGGUUUGGAUGUCAAAUAUAUAUUUUUCUGCAGAGAAAAACUUCGAUAUCAGGAAAAGCACCACUCGGGAAAACUGAGCCCAAAAAAAAAAAAAAAAAAAAAAAAAAAAAAAAAAAACCAUCAUGGAAAUCAAAGGAGACAAUCAAAUUUCCGAUUCAUGGAGCUCUGCAACAAGCUGGACUAUCGCCUCUGGCAAUCUUGUAAAUUCACUGACUUUCGAGUCCUCUUUAUAUCCGAUCAAAGACGACGAUGACGACGACGACGAUGAUAAUAUGAACGACGGCCUCAACUCGACGGCUAAACCCUCUCUUGUUCUACAACCUUCCGCACCGGAUUCACCCCCUUGUGAGAUCACAUUUAAUUUCACACAAAAGCAUGAGGUCCAGCAGGUUUAUGUUCGAAGCACUGCUCGAGUGUAUGAGAUAUAUUAUGCAGCUGAUUUUCAAAGUGGCAAUGAGUAUCUCUGUACGGUUCGCUGCGGCAUAGCUACUAGGGAUGAACAAGUGCUUCGUACGACUGAUUUUGAGGAUGUUCUUUCUGCAUGUCCAAAGGGGUCUGAUGACAACUUAUCCAAAGAAAGUUUAAGAAGUGACAGUAAUUUAAACUCCAGUGAAGAUGACUGGGUUGAAGUUAAAGCACCAGAUAAUUCCACAACCGGCAACAAAGAAAAUUCUUUGCCAUCGAAGUUCAGUUUGCCUCGAGAACCGAUCACACAGGAUUUUUACGAGGCUACGGCACAGAUGAGUGAUGUGAAUCCAUGUGUAUCCAUUACAAUUCGUCUUCUCUCACUUCAGAGUAAAGAUAGGGUGUAUGUUGAUGAGGUCUAUGUGUUUGCUGAUCCUGUUGACUCAACUGACUCAGAAAAGCAAGUAGGUCAGGUGGAAAACUCAACUGGAAGUUCUUUUAUGACCAUGCUAUUGCCUACCCUUUUGCAAUUGUCUAAAACAAAGAGUGCCACACGAUCCCUAGAUAAACAUACCUCUGACACCUGCAAAAACGAAAACUUUCAGGAUGUUGGGUCACAAGAAGCUGAUUCUUCAACUUCUGCAACUAUAGUUCGGCAGGAAGAGAAGCUUAGCGUAUCUGAUGAUCAGAAAGUAGAGUUUCAGAACUUUAAUAGGUCUAGUGUAGGUACAGCACAAUUACAGGGCCCCUCACAAGUUCCUCCUAACAAGCCUGAUUUCCCCCCGAAUAAUCAAGUUGAAAGAUCCUUGGAUGAGCUUGUUUCGCAAAUGGGAAGAAUAGAGGGCAUAUGUUUAAGGUUGGAAGAGAAGUUGUUAAAGCCCAUAAAUAGCAUUGAGGCAAGGCUGCAAAGGGUAGAGCAGCAACUUGAAGUUCUCACCAACAGACCAAAGAAUUCUGGGUUGCCAUCUUGCUCAAGAUUUUAUGCUCCUAAUUUUUCUUGCAUUGCAUCUGAUUCCACCUCUUUUUGUCAUAGUGGAAGUGAUUAUCCCCAUUAUGAGGAAUGCGAAUCCAAUAAGAAGGAUGUUCAUUCAGAUGCACAAUCUAUCCCAGCUGAUGAUAUGUCUGAUUCUGGAAAUGCUACUCAGUUUCUCCCUAGUCUUAUCGUUACAGCUCCUGAGUUUUCAAACUGUGAUGAUGAGGAAGAAAACGAUGCAUCCAAUGAAACAUUGGAUUCUAUGGUGGAUAAACCAAGGCAGGCACCGACAAUCGAUGAUGCUUUAGCAUCUGCACUGGCUGGAUUUGUAUCUUCAAUUUCAAUUGAGUCAGAUAAAAAUUUUCAAAGUGUUUCAGUUGAAACUCAUGAGGUUUCUAUUGAAAAGGAUGGUAAAGUUGGCAAAAGUGCUUCAGAGAAAGCUGAUUCUAAGAUAAGGACUGAUGGAACAGAGAGCAUGGAUGAUUCGCUUUCAAAUGCACUCAAUAUUUCUCCUUUAGAAAGUGAAGGGAACAGGAUAAGAUCUCCCAAUCAUGAAAAUCUAGAUAAAACGGCUGGAGGUGAUGAAAGGUGCCUACAUUAUGAAGGAGGAGAGAAGGAUAAAUCAUGUGGCAGUCAUGUUGAAAAUAAUGAUGAUCAAUCCCAUCAUGGCAUGGUUGGCACUGAUUUUUGUCCAAAAGAAAUUGAAAAUGAAGAAGAUAGCACUGAAGUAAGUAACAUUCUGGUCCCUGAUGAAACUGACAUUCAGAGUCAAAUCUUUAUGAAUCAGACCGAUAUUGACUCUGAUACUAUAUUGGAGGAUGGCCCUGCACGUACCAAUUUAACUGCGCCAAUUGAAGUUACAGAAAAAAAAUCUGACAAAGACAUUUUGCAGAAUAUGUUUGAAUUUUCAUGUGCUGCUUCAGUGGUGGAUUUCCAUAUUCCAGUGCUGGAUGUGAAAUUUGUCUCUCAGGAUAUUUGUAAUGGGCACAUGCCACUUGAAGACCUUUUAUCUGGCUUCUUGAACUCUAAAUCUGAACCAGUUGUUGUGGGGGACACUCCAUACGUGUCUCCAAGUGAUGAGCAUGGAAACUUAAUUGUUGUGGAGGAUGAAAAAUCAGUCGGUCUUGCCGUUGAUGACCAUUUUUCUGUGGAUGUGGACUACUGUAGUCUACAAGAACCUUUGAGCAUGGACAAUGAAACUAUGCUGGGUCGUGAUAUAUGCAGCAGCCAUGAAACUUUUACAGCAAGUCUCAUUUAAUAGGAAAAAAGUGACUCAUUUUUCACUUUAAAUGUUUUUAACUCUUGUACAUAAAUCUGGUCUAGACAAGAAAGAUAGGUGUGAUAAUUGCCUUAUUUGGUUACAGAAUUUCUUUUCAAACAAUUCAAGGUAACUAGUAUUGCAUCUUCCUAUGUACUUCUUGACAAUUAUCUACCUGAAACAGUACUUAAUUUUAAGCUUAUUGAAUAUGUAAUGCUAUUUUAUUGGCAUAACGAGGGAAAUAAAAAAAAUACUAUGAUGAAAGUUUUGGUUUCUUUA